AUAUAAAUAUCGAUUACUUAGUAGUCAUUGACUUGCCAACACUAUAUUCAGUAAACCGGCGUCUAUUUUUUCCAUAUUUUUUGCAAAAACAAGAAAGUGUAAAUAGCUAAAGAUAAUGGCGGCUUCUUUAGAUGGUGUUUUUCCCACAACUCUACAGGAAAAAAUUAAAUCUUCCAAACUGUUGGUGGUCGGAGCUGGCGGUAUUGGUUGUGAAAUUUUAAAGAAUUUAGUAUUGUCAGGUUUUCCAGAAAUCGAAAUUAUUGAUUUGGAUACCAUUGACUUGAGUAAUUUGAAUCGUCAAUUUUUAUUCCAUCGCGAACAUGUGGGUAAAUCCAAAGCACAGGUGGCUCGCGAAAGUGCUUUACAAUUUAAUCCGGAUGUAAAAAUUAAGGCUUAUCACGAUAGUAUUAUGGCAACUGAUUAUGGCGUUAAUUUCUUUAAGAAAUUUGAUGUUGUCCUUAAUGCUUUAGACAAUCGUGCCGCUCGUAAUCAUGUUAAUCGAAUGUGUCUAAAUGCCGAAGUGCCUUUGAUUGAAAGUGGCACCGCCGGCUAUAAUGGUCAGGUGGAAUUGAUAAAGAAGGGCUUAACUCAGUGCUACGAGUGUACACCAAAAGCGGCCCAAAAGAGCUUUCCUGGUUGUACUAUACGUAAUACACCAUCGGAGCCAAUACAUUGCAUUGUGUGGGCUAAACAUUUAUUCAAUCAACUUUUUGGUGAAACUGUCGAUGAUGAGGAUAUAUCUCCUGAUGUUGCUGAUCCCGAAGCACAAGCUGAAAGUGGAGAAGAAAAAACUGCUGCUGAUGAUAAUGCUGCCGCAGGUGAUAGUGCCGGCGGAGAUAUGGAAAUGAAAUCUGCCGAUGAGAAUAAAGAGUCUACAGUACCAAAGGAUGGUAAUGUGGUACGUGUAAAUACCCGUCAAUGGGCUAAAGAGAGCAAUUAUGAUGCUGAAACACUUUUCAAUAAAUUCUUUUAUGAUGAUAUUAAAUAUCUUUUAUCAAUGUCCAAUCUUUGGAAAUCCCGUAAACCUCCGACACCCAUUAAAUGGGAAAGCGUUUUGUUGAAAAAAGGUGAAUCAGAAGAUGAUGCCUAUAUGCGUCAAUAUCACAAAACUUGGUCUUUAGCUGAAUGUGCCGGUGUUUUCGCGGACUGUUUAAAGAAAUUGAAAGCAAAUCUCGAAAAAAUAGAAGAAGGUGAUUCUUUAGUAUGGGACAAGGAUGAUCAACCAGCUAUGGAUUUUGUUGCUGCUUGUGCUAAUAUUAGAGGAUAUAUAUUUGAAAUUGCACGUAAAUCACGAUUUGAAAUAAAAUCCAUGGCUGGUAAUAUUAUACCAGCCAUUGCUACAACAAAUGCCAUUACUGCUGGUGUAGUGGUCUUGCAAACAUUUAAGGUCUUACAAAACGAAUUGGAUAAAUGCAAAUCCGUUUAUAUGCGCUUAAGACCCAAUCCACGCCAACAGUUAUUAGUUCCCGAAAAGUUCCUUACCGCUCCCAAUCCUAAUUGUUAUGUGUGUGCUGCCGAGCCGGCCAUACAUUUGCGUGUCGAUACCAAGCGUAUGCAUAUUAAAGAAUUCCGCGAUGAAGUUUUAAUAAAAACUUUAAAUAUGGUCAAUCCGGAUGUUAUAGUAGAUGCCAAAGGUGUGGUUGUAAUCUCUUCAGAGGAGGGAGAAACUGAAUGCAAUGAGGGCAAACUAUUGUCUGAAAUGGAAAUAGUUGAUGGUGUCUUACUUAAAUGUGAUGAUUUCUUCCAGAACUACGAACUAAGCAUAAUUAUCAUGCAUAUUGAUGCUGAGCGUGAUGAGCCCAUGUUCGAAGUUAUUGCUGAUAAAAACCAACUUAAACCUAAAGAAGAAAAAGAGGCGACUUCUGCAAAUGAAAAGGAAAAUGGUAAAAAUGAUGAUAUGGCCGAUGGACCCUCCACAUCAAAGAAGGCGCGUAUUAGUGAAGUUAUUGAAGAUGAUGACGAUGAUCUGUGUGUUAUAGAAGAGGACGAUGAUGAUGUGGUUGAAAUUAAAGUACCGUCGGAGGUAACAGCGGAACAGGUGACUGCCGCUACCGAUAAAUUGCAAGUAAAAAGCCCAGAAAAAUCUGUUGCCCUUAAACGUAAACCAACAGAUGAUGAUGACGUUACUGAAGUAUUGGAUUCUGAGGAUGAAAAUGGUCCAACUCAAUCGAAACGUUCUCGAACUUCUGCUCCUGAAGCAGGCGGAGAUGUAAUAAAUAUUGAUUAGUUUUUUUAAUUUAUAUAUUCCAACUGUAAACUUUCUUAAUUUGACUUAAAAAAUAAGGAAAACUAAAUCUGUAUCUUUUGUAACAAUAAACUAAAGGUCGUCCCAUAACAAUCUUAAUAAAUAAAAUAACUCAGAAACAAAA